AUGUCAGCAGUCAAUACUCGAGUUUAUCUAGAGAAUAAGAAACGGCAAGCACAAGCUGCUACCGUACGAUGCCAAAAGUGUUUGCAAUUUGGGCAUUGGACUUAUGAGUGUCAAAAUCAAAGAAAAUACUUAUCAAGACGAUCCAGAACUUCCGAGUUAAACAAGAUGGAUGAUUUUCUGUAUAUUUCGCAAUAUGCAAGACCGUAUGAUCUGUAUGGCAGUCCGCUUCUGACAGUGAUAGCAGUAGCUCUUCGGAUUCGGAUAGCAGCACUUCAAGCAGCGACAGCAGCUCUACUAGUUCGAGUAGCGAUAGCAGCACUAGCAGCAGUAGCAGUAGCAGUAGCAGUAGCAGUAGCAGCAGUAGCAGCAGUAGCAGUAGUAGCAGUAGCAGCAGUAGCAGCUCCAGCAGUUCUGAUAGCAGUAGCUCAUCGGAUGAUUCAUAUCGACGGAGGAAAAAGAUACGACACCACUGAUAUGGCAAUGCUUAUUGACCGUUGCAUUCUGAUCUUGGGUAAUCAUUUCUGGUGUGGCAGGGUUUAA